AAGAAAAUGAACGAAAAAUUCAAUAUGGCUACUGAAACGUCAGUGUCAGAUUGUGAUAAAUAAACACAGAUGUUAGGCCUUUUCAAACAAAGUAUUCUUAUUUUGUAAAUAAUAUACUAUAGUUGAUACAUAUUUUUAAUAAUUUUAAUUGGCCAUUGCGACUAAAUCCACUUGUUGUUUCUGCAGCAUUUAUUAACAGAUGUCUAACAUAAUUCCUCCACUGCUAAGUGAUACACCUCCACCACCUCCAGAUGUUGAUGAACAUGAUGAAGAUGAAUUUGGAGAUUUUAUUGGUACCAACAAUGUUUCAUUUGAUUGCGACGAUGGUUGUUCUCCUCCAGGAUCUCCGCUACAACUUCCCGUCGAGCCCUUUGUCUUUGAUAGGAUGCCACCCGAAAUCACUGACUUUAAUAGUAACAGUAAACCAAGUAGAGUAGAGCAAAUACCAGAACUAGAUACCUCAAAAGAUUUUCAUGAUAAGAGGAAAAACGCUAUUAAUGAAACUAGUGAGAUACCGUUACGUUCUGAUCAAUUAUUCAAUGCCCUUUCAGUCAAUAAGGAUGCUAUCCAACUGAAUAAAACAGAGGAAAUUAUUGAAACCAACUGUGAUAAAGAAGAAACCUUCUCCAGUCAAAGUGAAAUUAUUAAGUUAAGUAGUGAGCAUUUUAAGGACCACCCGGCACCUUCAACACUAGCAGAAAAUUUGCCAAUUAAUAAUCCUACGGAUUUAAGUGAACCAACGUCAUCAGUAAUCGCAAAUGGAGUUGACGUCCGCAGCAGCUCCAGCUCGGAUAUUUCAGGAAAUACCGCAGAAGUCCUUGAAGGGUUGAAACCGGGUGAUCAACUAGGGGACACAUCUAGCGCCCUACAUCAACAGAUUCCACCAAACAGUCUGAGAUUUGAACAUCCCCAAGCUUCAGCAAAGUCAACAGAAAAUGGGCUUUGUGAAGCAAGUCCUGGUUCUCCCUCACCAGGCCCUGAAAAACAAAAUUGCCCUCAGUUGGCUAACGAUGUAGAAGCGCCUCAGUCUCCAAUUAAAUAUGCUGAUAGUGAUUUUGAGGAUUUUCAGAGUAGUGCAUUAGAAAACAGUCAGGAAUCAAAUACGGAUUUUUUCGCGAAUUUUGAUUCAUUGCCAGCAAAACCAAUCGAAACUCCUGAAGAUGAUGAAUUUUGUGAUUUUGUCACACCGCAAGCGGGCAAAGAAACUGGCGCUGGCAUACCUGAGUUUGCCAACUUCGACAGUUUCUCCUGCUCAACUGAUGCGGAAGAUGAGUUUGGAGAUUUUGCCACAACUACCAUAGAGCCUGAAAGUCAGUUAGAUGGAGCAGAUGGGAAAAUACUGUUACUAAACGAGACAGAGGCGCUAGAAAAAGCUACCCAAAUUGUACAGGAGAUGUUUCCUCCGCUGGAACAGCCGCAACCGGAUUUUACCUUCGGCGGCUUAGAAGCUGAUGAUGAGAUUUUCAACCAGAUCAAAAACAUCACCGACACUCACGCGCUAUCUUAUCACUGGACGAAAUCAGCUAGCCAAAAGCUGCUGCUCAAGUCACUCAACAUCGAUUCAAGAAACAUUAUGUUUGGACCAGGGUGGAACCCCGCGAUGCCCCGAUUCGCCUCCAGUUUAAGCGUACAACCGUUAGAGCCAAUCAAGUCAGAAAUACUCACUCCCAUGUCCAUAAAGGAUCUUAGUAGGUCCAGGACUGCCAAAGAGUCUGCAACUGCGGAUGGUUCGAAGAUCGGAGACGUACCUUUGAUGAAACCAAUUGCAUUCUCCUCUUGCUCCAUGCUGCUUGAUCUAGACCAGUUCGGAGCCCAUCUGGACGCUCCUUGCUUGACCAGCACUCCUUUAUCAAGCCAUAUCCCUUCCCCAAAUAAAGAGUUACUUAGUUGGGAGUCCUGGUUGCAAUCUUUACCCGUCAAGGAACCCAGCAGCGCCCCAACUGCUUCCACUAUCGGCGAUAUUUUGGAACUGAAAGAGUCCAAGUGUGGUUCAAUCGAGUCGAACAAGCAAACUCCCCAAACUGAUUUGGAUGUAAAGCCGGCGGUGGAAGUGCAGCUGAAUGAUUUUGAUGAUUUUGUGUCGCAUCUGCCGCCAGUUAACCAGACUGCUUCACAUGGGCACAGUAUUAUUUUAAGAGAAACUCACAUCUCCAACAAGGCGCCUGGCAAAAGUGAAGACACCGAUAUCGUCAGCUGGUUGGAGCCUACCAUAGUAACUCCGGAACUGAUCCGGAAAGAGCGACAAUUUGUUGAGGGCGAAGAGGAGUUUGAUGAUUUUCAAAUGAUUGUCGCUGAAAGCCAAGCUAGUCAGAUUUCAGACACUGUGAACAGUUUAACAGUCAAGGCUGUAGCUGUGCUUCAACCGCACCCCAUAGUGAAUCAGGAAAGCAAAGUAGUUGUAAAAUGCUCUGAGGAAGAGGCCAGUGGUGAACAUAAACCGGCUGUGGUGGCUGUUGGCAAAGUUGCAGCUGCAGAGGACGAGUUUGGAGAGUUUACAUUUUCAGUGCCGAAUUGCGCCAAUGCAGUCAAAAGCGAACCCUCCAAAGCUCCUGCUGCUUUAUCCCUUUUGGAGCCUUUAAAGCCAUCGAUUGUUAAGGGCCGAAAUGUUGCCUCGAUCAGCUGGCCGGAUCCUGGUGUAACUGAAGACGAAAUCAGCAGGUUCGAAGCUCUAGGAUAUGCCCGCACCCAACAGCAAGAACCUCCAAAAGAAGCAGGGGCUGUUUCCAAACCCCUAUCCAGUACAAAGCCGACUUCAAAACCCACUCAAAAGGUUGAGGAUGAGGAGUGGUCGGAUUUCGUUUCGGUUCAAAACGCAUCCCCCAUUCACAAGCUGAAGGUGGAAAAAGAGCGCAGUUCCACUCCCGAUUUGCCCUUGUCGGUGCUGAAUUUGGGCACGGUUCAUCCAACAAAGCAACCCAUUCCUGUGAUAACUCCAAACGGUUUAAUGCAAACCAAACUAUCGUCUAAUAUGCCGUUGAACUUAUCGAAUAAGGUGCCCCAGAAGAACAAGGUGUAUCCGCAAACUCAAGUUCAAUUCAACCACGUUUACCAACCGUCUAUUAUCAGCAAUCAGUUCGCAAGUCAGGCAUACGGCGGCUUCAAUAGCUAUCAGCCGCAAGCGUCGAAUAGCUUGAAAUCUAGCACAGAAGACGAUGAGUGGAGCGACUUCGUGUCUCAUCAGUCCACAGCGAAGCCGCAUCAGCCUAAUCAGUUUCCUGGCUGGAGCAACUCCACACCUCAUGUUAUGCAGAGUGGCUCUAGUGGGCAGAAGCAAGUGAAAAAGGCCCCGAGUUCAUACCUGGGCAAGAACACUGCAAUGUCGAACGUCUCUGUUCCGGACCUGGACUUUCUAGCCCCCAGAAAUCGGACUUCACACCGUAAAUGACUAAAGGAGCAGAUUAUCUUGUAAGUUUUGUUGCUGCUCUACUAUUAUUUCCUCAAGUGAAUUGAUUUGUUGCAAGAAUACUUAAUCAUCCGUUUAGCCGGCGACAAAUAAUUAAUCACCCAGAUGAGUGGAUUACGUUACGGAAUACUUGAUUUAACGAGUAAAUGCGAAAAGCGCUUGUAAAUAUUCGUUGAACAAAAUGUAUGAAUGUUGUAAACUGCCGACUUUUAGGACUUUUUCGCAUUUGUACAUAGAACGAACCGUUUUUGCUCUAGAAAGAUCGUCACAAUUUCUGCAUGAUAUUGGUUUUGUUUAAUUUUAUUUAUUUAUUAAUCCUGCAUUUUAAUCGAUUGAUUUUGCGUAGGCACUUAGUAUUUGCUUCACGUAGAACGUCCAGAAAUACAGUGAGUGGUUGGGUUCUGCUAUAGCGGGUGUCCCAGAAUUAUAACAAUAUUUCCAAUAUAUUCUUUUGCGAAUUCAUUGUCUAUGAAAAUCGGGGACACUCGGUAUGCAGUGUUUUUGUUUGUUUAGUAACAUUAACAGCUAUUGUUAUGGGCAGCGACAAGUGCAAGUCGAGUAUUAUUUUUUACGUAUUUAUUUAAUUUAUCACUUUUUCAUCAUUCAACUAGCAAUAUAUUAUCUAUGAACUUUUAGUAUUAUUACCAGUAUACUUCACGGACAUGCGGUUUUUGCAAAAGGAAUCAGAUUGAGGAUGUUGUAGAAUCAUUAAUACUUUGAUGUAACAUGUUUUUUGGAUUUGUGCGCAUUUGCGGCUUAGCAAUAAGGAUGUUUUACUUAGUUAAGUAUUAGCUGGAUUCAGUAUUCGUUUAUGGUUUCGUUUAGUGUGCGCACUUAUGGUUUAUUAUGCAAAGUGAUUGGGGUUUAGUGAAUAUUCACAGCUUGAGUACUGUUGUAAAUAUUGUAUAACGACUUGUUACUAUAACAUUCCAAAUAAAUUUAUUAUUACAA